AGCUUAAUACUCGCACAACAGAGCGAUCUAAAAAGUUAAAGAGAUGCUUAUGAACAUAGCUCCCUCUCCUCUCCACUAAACACAUCCAAUUUUUGGUACACAAUUCAUUUUUUGUUACUAUAAAAAGUAUGACUACUUUCUCUUUUUUUUUUUAAAGGUUCAUUUAGAUUGCAAAAGAGACAAGCCUAAUGGAAAAGUACACAUACAAACAAUGCAACAAAAAAAGGCUCAAAGCCCACAAACCCAACAAAAGAUUGGACACAUAAUAGGGGUCAGACCAAGUCCAACCCAAGCUCAGAAUCCCCAACCCUAGCUGCACAAACGGUUUGAUACUCCUCCUGAAACGCUAUGAUAUACUUUUCCAUACAUUUGAAUAACGCAUUCUCAGGGUAUAAAGUAUUUUUUGCUAUCCUUGUCCCUUGACUCCUCACCGUCGCUAACUGCUACAUGCAAACCUUCCUCCCAUCAUCGAAGUCCAAGGAAUGGUUACCACACAAGCACUAAGAAAGCAUGUCGGAGCAGAACCACCCCAGGUAGAGGACACUGAGAGGCACACGAGCCACCUCCAGCGAAAACCUCGCCAAACCAAACUCUCAAAGCUCCCCACCAACGAAACCAGCGAGAGAACCUCGGUCGAGAGGGUGACUGAUGACAAAAUGUCAAAAUCUUGGAGGUGAACUUCAGUCUUCAGAAUCUUCUCUUUGAGUCCAGGCAGAUUUCCACAUCUACGAAACACCAAAACAUGCAAGGUGAAUCAAAGAAGAAUCGACCUCCUUUGCAUCUAAGAUCGAUAACAUAUUCAUAUCUAGAUCGGAUGAGAGGACAAAACAUCAUCUCAACAGAGCGAAGGAAGAAUAGUAAUUUGCCAUUUUAUUUCUUGAGGUGAUUGUAUUUGGAAUGCACAUGAUGGAGAUAAGAUCGAAUCAAAUAAUGAAAACCACGACUCAAAUGGAAGGAAAAUGUACGAGUAAGAUCGAGACUCUGAUACAUUAUGCCCGAUUUAGUUUGGUAUAAUGUAUCAAUUCGGUCCAUUUUUUUUAUAACAUACAUUGAGGUGGUUGUGAUGUCGGUUCAUCCUGUUGUAGUGUAGUACAAACCCGCUACACGUUCCUAGUUGCCAUUUCGACGAACCCAUCUUUAGACCAUAAAACGACGCCGUUCAAAAUGCUUAUAAGUUAUAACUAUAAGCUAGAAGAAAAUUAAAAAAAGUUACCGUUAAUAUAAAUAAGGCGAUUAGCUUGAUAGAGUAGCCUCCACUUCCCUAUAAUGCGGGCGCGUGGCGACAGAAGGAAACAAACAACACUCUGCACUGCAGGCUGCAGCUCGCUCUGCUGCACAGUUCACACUCUGCUCUCUGUCUCUCACUCAGCCACUGAGCUUUGGCCGUUUCCUCUCUCUCUCUCUCUCUCUCUCUCUCUCAGUCACACUUCUCAAUCUGCUUCUCCUCCGCCGUUUCUCUGGAAAAUUGAUUUCACAUUCAACAAUUAACCCCCAAAAGGCAAAACCCACUUUCUCUCUCUCUCUCCUCCUCCUCCUCUGUUCUCUUUCUUCUCCAUCUUUCACUCUCUGUGCCUCUGGCGCCAUUGUUAUCCUUCUUCAAGCUCGUUUCUUUGGACUGCCCAGCUGAAACUAAAAAGGAAUGGGCUGCGCUCAGUCCAAGGUGGACAACGAGGAAUCAGUGACGAGAUGCAAGGAGCGGAAAAUCCUGAUGAAGGAGGCGGUGGCGGCGAGGAACGCCUUCGCCGCCGCUCAUUCCGGCUACGCAGUGUCCCUGAAGAACACCGGCGCCGCUCUCAACGACUACGCCCACGGGGAAGCGGACCCAUCUCAGGCCGCCAAUCUAGAGCAGCAGGGUCCGCUAGAUGCAGGGUCGGAGCAGCCGCCAUUGCCGCCGCCGCCUCCUCCGAUCGACAAUCUCCCGCCGCCUCCGCCUCCUCUGCCGAGCUUCUCCCCUAGCCCUAGCCCUCCAAUCAUGCGCGCAAUCAGCAUGCCCGCGAUUUCGCUGAAGCAGAGGGGCCGGCGAGAUUUGGACUCCGUCGCUAUCGCUGAAGAAGACGAGGAGGAGGAGGAAGAGGAGGAGGAAGAAGAGGAAUUGGAUCACGGGCUUCGAAACGGGAAUAGAGGAAGUAAGAACAGAGAUGCACCGCCACCACCGCCGGCGGGAAAUCACCAGGUGCCGCCGAUGCCGGAGGCGAAGGGCAUGGCUUGGGAUUACUUCUUCAUGGUGGACAGUUUGCCCGGCCCGACCCUGGAUCCCGAAGACCACUAUGAGGAAGACGAUGGGGAGGCAGAGAGACAGAACGCGAAUGGAAAUUUUGGGGGAAAUGUGGACGAUGACGAUGAGCCCAGGACGCCGGAGAUAACUCCGGCGAAGGCGAAGGCCGUCCUGAGGGAGGAAGAGGAAGAAGAUGCUACAAGAGGGAAGCAGAUUGAGCAUUCUAAAACGGCUCCGCCGGAGUUCAUGAGAGUUGGGAAGAAGGCUGCUGCCGGGAGUGUGGAUUUGAUGCAGGUCUUAGGUCAGAUCGAUGAUCAUUUCCUUAGGGCUUCAGAGAGCACUCAGGAGGUCUGCAAGAUGCUCGAAGCGACUCGACUCCAUUACCAUUCCAAUUUUGCUGACAAUAGAGGGCACAUUGAUCAUUCUGCCAGGGUUAUGCGUGUGAUUACGUGGAAUAAGUCGUUUAAAGGUGUAAGCAGCGGUGGAGAAGGAGGGAAUGAUGAAUUCGAUUCAGACGAUUACGAAACCCAUGCCACUGUUCUGGACAAGUUGAUGGCAUGGGAGAAGAAACUCUAUGAUGAAGUCAAGCAAGGUGAGCUGAUGAAGCUCGAGUACAAAAGGAAGGUGGCAUUGCUCAACAAGCAGAAGAAACGCGGUGCUAGUGCUGAAUCCUUGGAGAAGACUAAAGCUGCUGUGAGCCAUUUGCACACGAGAUAUAUAGUUGACAUGCAGUCCAUGGACUCGACUGUCUCGGAAGUCAAUCAUAUACGCGAUCAGCAGUUGUAUCCUAAGCUGGUUGCUCUUGUCGAAGGGAUGUCGAAGAUGUGGGGAAGCAUGUCAAUCCACCACGAUAGCCAGCUGAAGAUCGUAACAGACCUCAAAUCACUUGAUAUAGCCCACGCCAUCCGAGAAACAACGAGGCAGCAUCAUGUACAGACCGCACAAUUGUGUGAUGUUGUCGAGAAAUGGCACGACCAAUUCAAUCAUCUUGUCACGCAUCAGAAGCAAUACAUAAGCUGUCUCAACAGCUGGCUAAAGCUGAACCUCAUCCCCAUAGAGAGCAGCCUGAAGGAGAAGAUAUCGUCACCACCUCGAGUCCAGACCCCGCCCAUCCAACCUUUGCUCCACGCGUGGCACGACCACCUCGAGAAGCUCCCCGACGAGAUCUCGAAAUCUGCCAUCUCAUCGUUCGCAGCAGUGAUCACGACCAUCAAGCUCCACCAGGAGGAAGAGAUGAAGCUGAAGGAAAAGUGCGAAGAAACUCGCAGGGAGUACAUACGAAAGAGGCAGGCGUUCGAGGAUUGGCACCAGAAGUACGUCAUGAAGAGAGCCCCAACGCCUUUGGAGGACGAAAAUGGUGGUGGUGAUCGAACCGGAGACCCGGUGGCGGAGAGGCUGUUUGCUGUGGAGACCCUGCAGAAGAGGCUGGAGGAGGAAGUGGAAGCUCACCAGAGGCAUUGCCUUCAGGUGAGGGAGAAGUCGCUGGGCAGCCUUAAGAUCCGUCUGCCCGAGCUGUUUCGUGCCAUGUCGGACUAUUCUCAUGCGUGUUUUGAUUCGUACGAGAGGCUGCGGUCGAUCGUUCAGCGGCAGCAGAAUGGCGGUGGUGGUGUUCGUGGGGCGUCGUGACACAAUGUGAGGGUCUGUUGCGUGUUUAAGGGGUAAAUUAUGGAUGGAAACUAGGUAAGUGUUAAAUGUGUAGUUAGAAAUACGCUGCUUGCUUUGCAAGGUAGCAGUGUCCUCUCCUGUGAAACUCAGCAGGGGAUUUUGGUAGUGAGUAGUGAGUCAUUUUUGGUUUUCUUUUCUUUGUUUUCUGCGACUCCAUCUAACUGUUUAUCUUAAUAGUUAAUAUAGAGCUAUAUAAUGU